CGCCCGGGUUCAGAUGUGUAACGGCCGUGGUCGUACACGGGAGUCGUGAUCGCGUGCUGGUGAUAGCGUUUCCGAGAAAGCAAACAAACAAAAAAAACAAACAAAGUUUAUCGUGUGUUUGGAGGAACAGGUGCAUUCCUUGAUCGAUUUGAUCGCUUCAUCGGAAGAAGUGAACGGACAUUCGGUACGUGGAGUUAUCGAGAUACUGGAUGCUGCUGUCGUUUGUGGGUCAAUAGUGUCGUCAUUCAUGUUUUUUUUUGUUUCUGUGAAAAGAAGGAAAGAAGUUUGGGAAUGAAAUCAAUAUUGUUGCCGGCGGCAAAAAAAGGAGACAGGCUAAGUUUUUGGCUGUUGAAGUGUGAAAGUUGUACACUCGGAAACGAUGAAUUGUUUUAGUGACUGCUCGAGCGCGACACAAUGUGUUAAAACUGAUUUGGAUUAGCUGAAAUUUGGAACUAGAUAAGCAACUCAACACAAUUCGUUGUCACCUUCCAGCCUUCGUAUGACGCGUGGAACGGAUCGUUUUGCAAAGCGUUGCACAACACAACGCAGAAAGGGCUCUUGUUUCAUAGUUGCAAAAAAUAUAACUCGUCGUUCAUUCACGUUGGAGGCAAACCGAAGUACAUUGGAUACCAGUGAAUGAAAUUAGAGUGAAACCGUCUAAAGUCUGGAUCGGGGGGAUAAGCAAAAAAAACUAGUCGGCUACUAGUCGUGACUGUGGGCUUUUCUAGUGAUUAGCGAUCGAAAGUGAAACCAAAACAAGUUCAAAAGGUGCGCGAAAGAUUGAUUCCAAUAAUUGUUGGAAAGUUCCAGUAUAAAUCGAAAAUUAUAGACCCCCGUAGGCUCCAGGUGCUGAAGACAAGCGCAGUGCUCACUGGGAGCAUCAUUAGGGAUGUUUAUGAUGUAAAAUAAUCUUGCUCAAGUGUAGUGUAUGCGGUGAUUGUGAAUCUGCGAGACGAUGGAGGCCGACGUUCUGAAUGCGCUCAACACCCAAACGGCCUACAUUCCCGGUGGUCGUGACCGAGAUGGACAUCCGCUUAUCGUUAUUCCAGUACCGUUCUACGACAACCUUCCUUGGAUGAAGGGCUUCCUGCAAACGACAAUCAAAUAUUUGCUGACAAUCUUAAGACCGGAAACCAUCGCGGCUGGUUUCACCGUUAUUUUGGAUGCACAAAAAUGCUCCUGGCGUUCGGCUCGUCAGUAUAUAAGGCAUAUUCAGACGUUGCUUGAGUCAAACCUGGACAGUUUCCUCGUGAUACGACCGGACGCUUUCUGGGAGAAAAAUCGCGUCGAGAAUUGUACGCGUCAGCAUCGGCCUGGGGAGCCGAUUGUUAUCGCAAGAUCCCGACUCGUCAAGUAUUUCGAAUUGAGCGAACUUCCCGAGGAACUUGGAGGCACCAUUUCCUACAACCACGAUCAAUGGAUUCAGAGCCGACUGCGGCUUGAGGAAUUCCGAAAAUCCUACGAUAAAGCGAUCGCUGACCUAGAAAACCUGCAUCUGCUGCUGCUGGACAACCGGGCGGUGCGGGCGAGUGAGUCGGAAGCGGCAUUCAGGUCCUGCCGGCAGCUAAACCAAGACGUGCAGAAGUUUCUUGCCAUCGUCAUGGACAGUGGCAACAAACUAAUUUCCCAUCUCGGAGACCUCCAAAGUACAAAACCAAUGAUAUCGCAGGAUCUACUGGAUGGCCGCGAGUCGCUCCAGCACAUGCUGAACACCAUCGAGAAGAAGCAGUCCACGCUUAACGUCGCGCUGCACGAGCUGGAACGCAACGUCGAGGAGCUCCGGGAGCUGGCAACGCUGGAGGAGGGCGUUUCGUACGUGACCAGCUGGAUACUGACCACGGCGGAAACCAUGCUCAAUGCUCAGCUCAAGGUGGGUUACGACGUAACGACGGCGGACAAACUGAGGCUGGAGCAUGAGAUACUGGAGCUACAGUGUUGGAAAACGUACGGUUUCUACGCUGAGUUGAUCUACAAAAUUGAUAACUUUCCAAAGAUGAAGGACUCAGCGGCCUAUAAGGAUCUGUUGUCGCAGCGGGAGUGGAUGGAUUUUGUCUGUCGAAGCUUCGCCCAGCGGUUGGAGCGAAGGCGAAACGUUCUGAUUACGUCGGUAAGGUUCUUUCGACUGGUUGCUGAGUAUUUCGACAGAACCAGCGAAGUUUUUCAGUCAUUGAUCAUGGGCGAUAAGGUGGAGGAUUUCGACUUGGCCAAUUCGAAGCUACUGAAGUUGAAGGAUAGUCAGCAAACUUUGGACACUGUCGAAAAAGAAAUCAUCAAGGAAGGUGAGAAGCUGAGCGAUAUCCUCUCGAUGCCAGUGAAGGACGCCGUCGGCCGGGAAGUUGACGUUGACUACAGCGAAGACAUAGCGAAUGUACGGGAUAUUCUCGAUGCGACCAUUUCCCGAUCUCGAAUAUUUGUCGAGAGUGUGGAGUUGCAGAAGCUAACGCUCGAUCAAAUCACGCACAUCUACAAGUACGAAAAAGACGCGGAAACGGCACUCCAGUGGAUGGACGAUCUGUACAAAGUGAUGAUCCGAUCGCAUACUCACGUGGGGACGAAUGUUUACGAGAUUCAAUCGCAGAAGGAGGAGCAUCAGACCUUUCAGGAAACGGCCAAAGGAACCUACAACUAUGGUUGCCAACUACUGAACGCUUCACUUGCUCUUCGACAGUCUUGCAAGUUGGACACUGAUCGGAACAUCGAUAUGACGAAGAACUUGCAGAUGACGUGGAAGCAAUUUCAAGCCGUCAGUCAGGAGCAGAUGACACGAUUGCGGGUCUCAGCCGUAUUCCAUCGGAGCGUCGAGGAACACUGUACAAAGUUGUACGAACUGAAGGAGAACGUUUUAAGGAUUGGAGAGAUUGAAGAGGCCAAUCGGCGGAAAGUGAGACUGCGAAAGUGUUUAACCAGCAGGGAACGAUUGCUGGUGGAAGUUGGUCGUAUGGUGCGGCUGGGAAGACUGCUGAAAACUAGACUGAAAGAGCCGUUUCUGCUCGACGAUCGGAUCGAAACAAUGGCGAGCCCUGAAAAUAUUCUUACCGAACCCGACAACAUAAUGGCCUGCGAAGCCAUUGCCUCCCGGCUGGCGGAAGUCUCGAGAAUCGCUGAAUCAUUGGACAGUGUGCUGAGGGAUGUCCAGGGUGGGUUCGACGAGGUUGAUGAUGAACUAGCUGGCGUUACGAGUGGGGAAGUAUCCGCCGUGUCGGACAAGAGAUCCGACGGAGGCAAUCAAAGCGAUGACUGGAGCUGCAGUAUGAAAUCUACUGAGGACGAAUCAUUCGUUACGGCAUCGGACUGCACAUGCACUCCCCAGUCGCGAUCAUCGUCGUAUCACACCACCUCCGAGUGUCGUGCUUCGCCCUGGUGGGGAGUGGAAUCCGCCGCCGAGCGAAGAUCACUGGAUAACGAUUCCUCCGAGGAUGCCGAUCCGGAGGCUCUUCCCUCGAUCAAACUGCUCUCGGGAGUUGUUAUAACGGCUUCCACGGCGAACCUCUCAUUCGACGAGUCGGAGAAUAGCUUCCUCACGCCGACCGCGCACAGUGAACAGGCGGACUCGGAUACCUCCCAGAUCGUGGAUACCCGAAGUCAAACUUCCCCGGUAAUGAGUUCCGGUUCAAGCUCCGCUCUGAAUUCGAUCAAUCGAAGGGAGAACUUGACUUUGGCGCUGACACCAGAGGAGUUGGAACAGAUAGAGAACGACAUCCGGAACAACAAUGUGGUGGCCGAGAGCACUCCGAAGGUACUCAAGCACCACAGUUCGCCAACGUCGAGCGAAGACAGUGGUAAUGUAAGUACAACCAGCACCAAGCUGGACGUCGAUUUUCUUGGUGACACAGAUGCGCUUCUGGAAAGUGCGUUCAAGAGCGGCGCGCAGGAAAUAUCCGGGUUGACCUAUUACUAUCAGAAUAUCAUCACCAAACAUACGGUGAAAAGCUGUUUGUAGGUUGAUGCGGGACGGAGGAGAGAGAGAGACAUUGUUUAGGAAAGCAGCAAAUGUUUGCAACCGAAUGUUUUGUGUUCUCAGUGAGUAGUUUUGCCCUAACGUUAAGAACGCUUGUUCGGCUGAACUAACCAGCAUCACGCAACUAAUAUUAAGCAUUGAAAAUAUACAAUAAAAUCCGGAAAUGCCAAUUGUUAUCUAACUUCCGAACAAAUUUAGAAGCUAAGUUUUAUUUUGAUCUAUUUUAUAAUAAAAUGAAUGUUUGUUUUUGUUAUCUAAUUAUGCGUUUGUUUCAAUGCUUGUAAAUUACCUAGGCCUAAUCCUGUCCUAUUAAACAUACCCUACACACAUUCUAGAAUCGAAUGAGUUUCAUUUAAACUGGAAUAAUUCAAAGUGGUAGCGUUUCUCAUGUACCCUGUUUCUAUCUCAGAAUAGAAGUGGCAAAAUCUGAACAGGUCAUGGACAAAGCGGUUCAUUUCAGUGGGCGGCUUAGAGCCACGGAUUCAAUCGAAUGCACCGAUUCAUUUGAGCAGUUCAAUGUGUGUUCUCAUGGAGUGGCUUAUUCGAAUAUGUCCAGAAGAGAAGAUGUGAGUUUUUAUUGUUUUCUCUAGGAAAUACAACGUAUACAUUUCAACUACAUAUUUUAGUUUACAUUCAUGGUUCACGUUUAGUGUUCGGUCCCUCCUUCCGCUGGUUUGAAAAUCUCCGGAAUAAAUAGCCCUCUAAGAACCCUCUCAGAAACCAUUAUGUGUUCCCGUGGCCAGAGUUGCCAUAAAACUCGACUCGUCGAAUACCAUAAAUCUGUAUCUGUAUCUGUAUCGACAUCUUUAUCAACCCUUUGCGGUCGUUUGUCUGCUCUCACCCUCUACAACGAAGAAGUAUACUAAUAUUAUAAUGAAUGCAACAAUAUAUCAGUUCACACU